AUGUGGUUAUUAAUUUUUUGGAGCAAUAUUGGAAUAUUAAGUUUUGAAAAUGUUGACUCAAAGAGUAUUCCAUUGGCUGUGAAAAAUAAAUUAUGCUUUGUAAACUAUGCUGAUGAUCGACCCCACAUAAGCAAUAGCACCAAUUUGAAAAUGAUAUACUAUGUGACGCCAACAUACCCAAGACCGGAACAGGCUCCAGAACUAACAAGACUGGCACAUACUUUAAUGCAUGUACCUCGGCUUCAUUGGAUCAUUGCUGAUGAUCAACCAAUUUGUUCUGAAUUGGUUUUGAACAUUCUCAGACGUACCAAUUUACCUUUUACCCAUAUCUCUAGUCCAAAGCCCUUCAUUUACAAAGGUACUAACUUCCCUCGUGGCGUAUCCAACCGCCGUGCUGCACUUACCUGGCUCCAAGAGAAUGUCGGAGAAGGCAUACUUUACUUUGGCGAUGAUGAUAAUACCGUGGACUUGCAACUUUUUGAAGAGAUAAGAAAUACAAAAAAAGUGUCUAUGUUCCCUGUGGGCCUCAUUGGUGGUUAUGGAAUAUCAUCACCAGUCGUCAAAAAUGGGAAGGUAGCUGGAUUUUUUGACUCUUGGCCGGGUUCAAGGACAUUUCCAGUCGAUAUGGCUGGUUUCGCUGUCAACAUUGAGUUCUUAAAGCCGACUGCUACCAUGCCCUACAUCGCCGGUCACGAGGAGGAUAAAUUUUUGGUUAGCUUAGGUUUACAAAUGGAAGAUAUUGAACCUCUUGCAGACAACUGUACUAAGAUUCUCGUCUGGCAUACUAAGACCGUGAAGUAUAAAAAACCUACUGUAAAGAUUAAUCUCAAACAGUUAGGCGAAUUACCUAAAUAUCGCAAUUUUGUUAACCUUCUUAAAGAAACAUCAAGGCUCGGUAUGGCAAAUAUAGAACCAAAUAACGGAACGAAACCAUACAUAACUCGCAAUCGUAAAUCCUAUGAAACUCUCACUGGCCUUCAAUAA